UUAAUCCCCGUUCAGACAGUACCAAUUCGAAUAUUCGAAUUUAGGGUUCCUCAGAUUUCAUUUUCAAAUCAACGCUAUAAAUCGAUUUAAAAUCACCGAAUCAACGCUAUCGAACUCGAAACUCUUCAAUUCCAAUUCCUAUUCAAGCAUAUAGCGUGUGUUCGCAGCGCAUUUUCUUUUGUUUUUAUUGGAAUUGCUGUAUUUUUUUUAAUAGGCGUAUCAUGAAGUUCUUAGAGUACACGCCUCUUGACCGGAUAAAUGAUUUCUUGAAUCAUUUGAAUCUCGGAGAACGUACUAUCAAAGGAAAUCUUGAAGCAUACUCUUGCAAGCAUACGGGAACAGAUAAGAGGCUAUCUCUCAGCUUGGAGCACGAGAUCCUUGAUUAUCUUGGCAAAUCAUCAGACACUGACUCCUCUUCACCAGCAGAAUACCUGUUGAGCAGAUCCAGCCGGAAGACAUUGAUCUACUUGGUUCUUACACUCAGUCACAUGUAUCCGGAUUUCGACUUCAGUGCAGUGAAAGCUCACCAGUUCUUCACAGAGGAAAGCUGGGACAUUUUUAAGCAGAUUUUUGAGACUUACAUGUUUGAAGCUUCAAAGGAAUGGGCUGAGGCGGAUAGUGGCUGUUCCCUGCUAGAAACAUUAUACAAGGCUCUGGAUGAGGUUGUAAGACUACCUGAGUGCGAAAUUUACAGUUACAAUCCAGAUUCUGAUGCAGACCCAUUUCUUGAGAAAGGAGCGAUAUGGUCCUUCAGUUUCUUUUUCUACAAUAGAAAACUAAAGCGAGUUGUGAGCUUCCGUUUUUCUUGCUUGAGUAAUUUAGUGUCGGAUGGAUUUGUUAUGGAUGAGUUCUGUCACGAGGAAGAUGGAGAAAUUUUUUAUGACAUGGACAUCUGACCAGUGACUGACAUUUGUUCUAGUAUGAUGUUUAUAUGUAAAGACCAUUGACUUCCAUGUAAGUUGCGUUAACUCGUAGUGCCAUAUUCUCGUUGGCGAGGGCGUAGGAUUAGCUUCUCUGCUUUUUCUGUGCAUAUGCUCUCCUCCUAGUUAGGAAUGCUGCUGUCAAUAAAAAUGUAGUAGUCAUUUUGUGUAUGUCUGUAACUUGCCUCAAGACAAAAAUAAAAAAAUCAUGUAUAAUUUUGAUGGAGACUUGGAAGUGGAUAGGAUUUUCCUAAGUACAAACUCUAAAUCGAGGAGUAAGGACUGGUUUUGCUUGUUCACUUGAGCUUUAAAAUUGACGAUUAGUCGAAACUCUUUUAGGAUAUAAAUGAUAUUCUAUAUCCCAAAAGUUGUAUAAACUUAGUUUCUGCUAAGAAUUUGUAUAUACAAUUUUACUUCAUUUAUGUAGGAGCAAGAUUACACAUACCGAUUUCGCUGACUAGCUCCCCAUCCUGUCUGACAUGAUGUGGUCGGUAUGGGGACUUCUCAUGUUGUACUCGACGUCAGUUGGAUGGGGGAGUCAGGUCUGCAAAAUGGGUAAG